AUGGUCGGCACCGUCAAGGACCGGCUGGCCUCGGCCAUUGGCCUCGCGCCCAAGGACCGCAAGCACGACGACGACGUGCCCUCCAUCUCCAACGCCGACCUCUUCGUCGAGCACGAGCCCACCGUCCACGAGUUCUUCGUCGAGCUGGCCCCCUCGGCCCAGGAUGUCGGCCGCUACGUCUACAACUUGUUUCCCUUUGUCCAUUGGAUUGGCAAGUACAAUUGGACGUGGUUCGUUGGUGACUUUAUUGCCGGCACCACCGUUGGCGCCGUCGUCGUGCCCCAGGGCAUGGCGUAUGCGCAGCUCGCGCAGCUGCCCGUCGAGUAUGGCCUGUAUUCGUCCUUUAUGGGCGUUCUCAUCUACUGGUUCUUUGCCACGUCCAAGGACAUAACCAUCGGGCCCGUCGCAGUCAUGUCCCAGGUCACGGGCAACGUCGUCCUCAAAGCCCAAGACGUCCUCCCCGACGUCCCGGGCCACGUCGUCGCCUCGGCCCUCGCCAUCCUCACCGGCGCCAUCAUCCUCUUCUUCGGCCUCGCCCGCCUCGGCUGGGUCGUCGAGUUCAUCCCCCUGCCCGCCAUCUGCGCCUUCAUGACCGGCUCCGCCAUCAACAUCCUCAGCGGCCAGGUGCCCAAGCUGAUGGGCAUCACGGGCGUCAACACGCGCGACCCCCCCUACCGCGUCAUCAUCGAUUCGCUCCGCAACCUGCCCACCACCAAGCUCGACGCCGCCCUCGGCCUCACCGCCCUGGCCAUGCUCUACCUCAUCCGCGGCGUCUGUUCCCAGAUGGCCAAGCGCCAGCCGCACCGCGCAAAGACGUACUUUUUCAUCUCGACGCUGCGCACCGUCUUUGUCAUUCUGCUCUACACUGCCAUCAGCGCUGCCGUCAAUGUCCGGAUCAAGAACAAGCCCAAGUUUGGCAUCAUCAAGGAGGUCCCGCGAGGAUUUCAACACGCCGCCGUGCCCGAAAUCAACACGGACAUCAUCAAGGCCUUUGCCUCGGAGCUGCCCGCCGCCGUCAUCGUCAUGCUUAUUGAGCACAUUUCCAUCUCCAAGUCGUUUGGCCGAAUCAACAACUACGUCAUCGACCCGUCGCAGGAGCUCGUUGCCAUUGGCGUCACCAACCUUCUGGGCCCCUUUCUCGGCGCCUAUCCCGCCACCGGCUCCUUCUCCCGCACCGCCAUCAAGUCCAAGGCCGGCGUGCGCACUCCCUUUGCCGGCGUCAUCACGGCCAGUGUCGUUCUGCUGGCUCUGUACGCCUUGACGGCCGUCUUCUACUACAUCCCAAACGCCGCCCUGGCUGCCGUCAUUAUCCACGCCGUCGGCGACGUCAUUACUCCCCCGAGCGUCAUCUUUCAGUUCUGGCGCGUUUCGCCGCUCGAGGUGCCCAUCUUCUUGGCCGGCGUCCUGGUGACCGUCUUUAACACGAUUGAGAACGGCAUCUACACCACCGUCUGCAUGUCCUUUGUCGUCAUCAUCUGGAGGCUGUUCCUCAGCCGGGGACGAAUCCUGGGACUGGCCCGCAUCCGCACCGUCAAGGCCAUCUCCAACGGCAAGACGGGCGAGGAGGGUGACGCCCAGAAAGAAGCAGUCGCCGAGGAGUCGGACCUUUCGCUACGCACCGGUUUUCUGCCUCUGGACCACGAGGACGGCUCAAACCCGCGCGUCGUGAUACAGAGCCCCUAUCCGGGCGUUUUCAUAUACCGGUUCGCCGAGGGCUUCAACUACCCCAAUGCAUCACGCUACCUGAAUCACCUGACGGAAACGAUAUUCAGGGGGACGAGGCGGACGGACCCCAACACGUUGGGCAAGCUCGGUGACCGUCCAUGGAAUGACACGGCGCCUCGGACACAAAAAUCGGAAGAGGCCAAUCUACGGCCGACGCUCAAGGCCGUCAUCCUCGACUUUUCGUCGGUCAACAACAUCGACGUGACGGCGACACAGGCGCUCAUCGACGUGCGGAACCAGCUGGAUCGAUACGCGGCGCCCGACACGGUCAACUGGCACUUUGCCAACAUCGAGAACCGGUGGACCAAGCGGGCGCUGGCGGCGGCCGGGUUCGGCAUCGCGGACCUCGGGGGCUCCGACAGCGCGGCUAAGGCGGCGGCCAUGGAGGAAAAGGCGGAGCGGAAGAGCCUGCUGUACGACGUCGAGGAGCCGCUGGAGCCGGCGGCGGCGACGGGGUCGCAGCUCUCGGACAAGGACGUGCCCCGGAACCCGGGGAGCGCACGGCUGGUGGCGGUGCAGGGGCUCAACCGGCCGUUUUUCCACUUUGACCUGCAAGAGGCGGUCGAGGCCGCGCUGUUGCAUGCGGAGCGGGCGGACUGA